GUUUCUCAUUUUCCGGUAAUAUCCAUCAUUCCAUACAACUUUCACAUAAAAUAAUAAUCCUUCCCACACCAUUACCGGGGGUCAAAAUCAGAAAGGCAAACACACAAUAGUCCCGAUUAUAGAAUAAACUUCAGCUGGGAAUCGUUGACCCCAACAUCAAAUGCAAACAUCAUGCCAACGACAUGAAGAAUACAUUACUAUACAGUGCAAACAACUACAUAGAACAAUUAAUAAAAAAAAUACAAUCAAAAGCCACAAGAACCUAGAACAAAGGUAAAAUCAAAGUGGGAAAAGUUAAAGUGCUUUCGCGGGAAACAAAAGCUGUCAAAUGUAUAAAUAGGCAACCAGCCAGGUGGUAAAAGCGGAAUGGGGUCGUCACGAGUUUUCUGUAAUUAUGCAAAUUGAAUCGAAGAAGUCAGUGGGGGGCACCCAUCGUUCGAAAAGGUGAAACAUCAGGGAAAUCGACUUACAACAAGGCAUAAAAAACGAGGGAUCCUGACUAAACAUAUCCCCUCAUUUAUACCUAACAUAUUACAUAUGCUUGGUAAUUGUAUCUAAUUUAUUUCUGACGCUCACCUUCGUGUUAUUCCCUGCAUUUUAAUGCAUAUUUAAUGAAACACGCAAGAGCCAAACAAACAAAAACACAGCAAUCAAAGUCGCCAACGGCCAACAUGGCGUAUGUGCAAUGUCCGUCGAUGCAAUCGAGCGCCCACAAACUCCGGUUCUCUCCAAACACGGUUCUAACCAAAGGCAACUCAGUCGUUUGCCGGCUCUUAACGUCUUCACAUCGUGUCGUUCUGUCAAUAGCCUUCGCGACUUUUUGUUGGCCCAACUGAAGUAAACACGGAAGCCCGUAACGAAAACUAAAUAUAGAAAUAAAGUGUACUGGAGAAAAUUCGAUGACACAAUGAAAAUGUUUGAGAUUUCAAAAUUGUUUUCAUUGCGAAGACCACAAGGUAGCAGCAAAAUGGAUCGCUACGAGAAGCUCAGUCGGCUGGGCGAGGGAUCCUACGGUGUGGUCUACAAAUGCCGGGAUCGGGAGACGGGCGCUUUGGUUGCGGUGAAGAGGUUUGUGGAGUCCGAGGACGAUCCAGCCAUACGAAAAAUUGCACUGAGAGAAAUUAGGCUGCUGAAGAACCUCAAGCAUCCGAACCUGGUCUCCCUGCUGGAAGUGUUCCGACGGAAGCGUCGCCUCCAUCUGGUCUUCGAGUUCUGCGAGCUGACCGUGCUCCACGAGCUGGAGCGCCAUCCGCAGGGCUGCCCGGAGCACCUGACCAAACAGAUAUGCUACCAGACCCUGCUGGGCGUGGCCUACUGCCACAAGCAGGGCUGUCUGCACCGGGACAUCAAGCCGGAGAACAUCCUGCUGACGGCCCAGGGGCAGGUGAAGCUGUGCGAUUUCGGCUUCGCCAGGAUGCUCAGUCCCGGGGAGAACUACACGGACUACGUGGCCACCAGGUGGUAUAGGGCGCCGGAGCUCCUGGUGGGUGAUACCCAGUACGGCACCCCCGUGGAUGUUUGGGCCAUCGGUUGCCUCUUCGCGGAGCUGGUUCGAGGUGAAGCCCUUUGGCCGGGACGAAGUGACGUGGACCAGCUUUACCUGAUCCGCAAGACCCUUGGCGAUCUGCUGCCACGCCACAUCCAGAUCUUCGGACAGAACGAGUACUUCAAGGGCAUCACGCUGCCGGUGCCGCCCACGCUGGAACCGCUGGAGGACAAGAUGCCAGCCAAGUCGCAGCAGAACCCAUUGACCAUCGACUUUCUCAAAAAGUGCCUGGACAAGGACCCGGCCAAGCGCUGGUCCUGCGAGAAGCUCACAAAGCACUCCUACUUCGACGACUACAUCGCCAAGCAGCGGGAGCUGGAGCACGUCAGCAGCAUGGAGGCGGCCAAUCUCCGCCAGCAGCAGCUCGCCUCCCAGCAGUUCAUGCUGGCCACAGCGGCCCAGCAGCUCCAGACGGGUCCCGCCCAGGCGGCGGCCAUCGCGGCGGCCCGGGAUAAAUCAAAGACUUCAAACACAUCAUUACCGCUGCUGCCCAGCACGCAGCAUCAUCACCACCCGCAUCAGGAUUACGUAAAGCUGCAGCCCCUGAAUAAGAACGGAAACCUCCUUCAUCGCACCGAGCAUCAUCUGCCCACAAUUUGAACAGCAUCUGUAAUUAAGAAAUGUCCUUGCAUUGCAAACCAUUUUGAGCAAAAAUUUUCCCAAAACCUAUAUUAUUUACUGCUGGGAAUAAAUGUGUAAAAGUAAUCCAUCAAUAAAUCACUGGGUGUAAAGUCAGUAAAUACUUUGGUAUUCAUGCUACCGAACCAAACUGAAUUAGUAACUAAGUCCAAAGUGCAAUUUUCAACUGUCAUCAAAUAAAAUAUGCUACAUAAUGUUUUA